AGAAACCUGGUGACUAUACCGUCAUGCCCGUCAUGGAUGUUUAUAGGCCUACAUCAUGAGAGAACAAGAUCUUGAGCUAUUUGGUUGGCAUAGUGGUUCUUUCUCUGCCUUCCAUCGGGUUUGAUUCAUGGCUCGGUCCAUUUUGGUCUCUUUUUGUUGUUUCAACACAGCCAUUCAACAUGUUUCAUGACUACAUAUACAUAAACCAAUUUACUGCCAACAUGCUGGUAUCGUUGAAUGGAUGAUAAGCACAGUCAACAUGAUCCAGAUCUUUGUUGGGGGGGCCAGACUGCAAUAAACAACGUGUAUCCCCAGAGCAUGAGCUAAAAGAAUGUUUAACAAAAGUGAACCGCAAUGUAAAUGUACAUACAUGUAAAUGUGCUUCUGGGGUCAAGUGUGAAAUACUGCUGUACAACUUAAGCACUCAACGAAGCAUGACUCAGUGCAAACACUGAACAGAUGUUUAUAACCAGCUUCAUCACUGGUGUCCAGAUGCCUGAUACCAAGUUCAAGAUGAAACAGCUAUUGCAAGUUUAUGAGUUACCACUGUCUGGUUCCCAGAUCAAAAAGAUCCCAAUUUGGUUUGUUGCAGGUAGUUGUUAAACAAAGGGAUAAAUUGGCGUGAUAAACAAAUUGAGACAACACAAUAGAGACCAGAAUUUCACAAACAGAUUGGAGAAUUGCACUUCAGUCAAAUUUUUAAACUAAUUGGCUACAGGUCAUCCGGUUCAACUGUUGCCCACCACAUCAGCUUUGUUGUGAAAAUACUUGGACACUGACGGUGGACAAUGGCUUCUGAGAAGUUUGAACCCUUGGUGGAAAGCCUGGAACGUUUUGUUGAGAACACUCGACAACUGGGAAUUAUUGUCAGUGACUUUCAACCUCAGGGACAGAUAACACUCAACCAAAAGCUACACACCCUGGUGACAGGUUUGUUGGAGAUGGAGAAAACCAAGACACAGGUUCAAGAUGUUCAAGUACCCUUGGAGGUCUUCGAUUACAUCGACCAGGGCCGCAAUCCCCAGCUGUAUACCAAGGACUGUAUGGAGAAAGCCGUCAUCAAGAAUGAACAAGUCAAGGGCAAGAUUGAGACAUUUUCAAAAUUCAAGAAGAACUUGAUCACAGAGCUGAACAAGAUGUUUCCUGAAGAGAUGGAGCAGUACAAGGUGCACCGAGGUGACACAUGAACACAGAGCAGCAGAGCACGAUGGAUGGAUUCUGUUGGCCUGGCCCAAGACCCAGCUAACAUCUGCAGCAAGCACCACGGAGGGAUCCAGCGGUUCACAUACACCCCGACUGCAGACUCUGUGACAACUUUACAAGUUGUCUUGUGUAUCAGGAUAACGCUUGCUUAUGAUUGGCCCUAUUUCACAAAGACUUGGCCCAACUGCCGAGUUCAAGGCAAAAACCUCUGGUGGGUCUGUUAUACAUGAUAAACAAAGAUCUAGAGAGUUUUUGGACUGAAACGUAUGCCCUUCCCUGCAGUCAACAGUAUUCAAGACUAUAGCUUGAAAGAGUGUACCAAGUUUGAAAAGUGAAACUGGAUUACAGUCAACUCUCGACGUCAAGAACGAUGCCUUUACAAGGUUGGACUUCACAAAUGCUGACCCUUGGUGAUCAUGUGUUCAAACUCUGUGCUGCAUUCAUACUGCAUCAUCAUAGUUCUCAUGAGAAGGCUGGGAUAAUGUUCUAAACGAAGUAACCAUACUGUGUGCCAGUUUGAUUUGGACUGGCAGUGCAGCUGCAGUUAUAUCUUAGUGUUAUUACAGUUGCUGUACCCUACAGUAACUAACCAAGUUUACACUAAUGUGUGGCCGUCAUCCACCAAACUGGCAUAUCUGAUGCUCGUUAGCAGUGCUGCAUGCACUCAUCCCAACCUUUUAAUCAGUUCUGUAGAGAAAACUAAUCUGAAUCUCCUUUGAAAUGCUAGGAAUGUCACAUAAUCAAAUGGGGGGGGGGAGGUUAUGGGUGGAAAAGAUGCUAACACUGGGAAUUUACGUAUAUGUUUCUGAGAUCGGGAGCCUUUACACAAAGUUGAAGUGGGGUGUUUUACAUUAAAAUUUGUCAAUUUUCUGGAAUAACCCUUUUGGCUAUCUCUUCCUCCUCUGAGAUUCAUGCUUGUGUGACACUAAAAGUCAAUGCAAGGAAUUCAAUAAAUGGAGCCCUGGACCAUGCCUUCUGAGCAA